ACAGACACGCCUUGUGUAAAAACAACAACCAGCGCAUGGGCUGGCUCACACAACACUGGGAUAAAAAGGGGCCUCCAAUCUAACCUCUCCACAAUGUCCUUCAAUAUAUCUAGCGAACAUUUAGCUUAAAGGGACUUGGUUUGAAUAGAACAGCAAGGUAGCUAACGUUAGAUAACUAGCUAGCUUUUAAGUCGACUGUUCAGCUCUUAUUAAUAUAAAAUAAGCAAAUGACUAAUUUUAAAAUACGGAACGCUGAAUCCAAAGAUGUGCCUGACAUACUGCGAAUGAUAAAGGAACUGGCUAAAUAUGAAGAAAUGGAACACCACGUGAUACUGACUGAGGAAGAUCUGCUCGAGGACGGAUUCGGUGACUAUCCAUUAUACCGCUGUGUCGUGGCAGAAGUCCCCAGUGAGCAGCAGAGCAACAGCGGUCCUGUGGUGAUUGGGUUUGCCAUGUACUACUUCACCUAUGACCCCUGGAUUGGCAAGUUGCUUUACCUGGAAGACUUCUUUGUCAUGGAAAAGUACAGGAAGAUUGGCAUUGGCUCAGAGAUCCUCAAGCUCCUCAGUGACAUGGCAUUCAAGACUCGCUGCAACAGCAUGCACUUCGUCGUCGCCGAGGGCAACACAGAGUCAAUAGAGUUCUACAAGCGUCGUGGGGCGGCCGACAUCACUCUGGAUGAGGGAUGGAGACUCUUCAAGAUCAACAAGAGCUCCCUCUUCAAGAUGUCCUCCGGCUCCAAAGAGUGAGCUGGCCCCAAGACACAUAGAAAGCUGGGGACAAGAGUGACAGACUUGUUCAAUUUAAUUUAAAUUACUUAAUUAUUUGCCAGUCUUUCACUUCAGCGGUGGGGGGUGUGACUUCUGACAGGGGCAUUAAGCAUGUGUGUGCACAAACUUCCUCAAUCUAGUCAAUCAUUUAGGUCACGUAUUUUAUCUGAAGCCAUCGUUUUAGUAGUUGUAGUUUUUAAUCAACGCACCUUAGGAUUCCUAGUGUUCUCUCAGUUCUGCUAAUCAACACACCUUAGGAUUCCUAGCGUUCUCUGUUUCAUUAUUGACCAAUAUAUUUUACUAUUCUAUAAUACAGUGAUUUUUUCUCUCUGAAGUUUGAUUGUGUUUAUGUUGGUGGUUAUUAUGUUCUAUUGUGACUGAUUUCUGUGGGGCUAGGAGGGAAGUGGAGUGAGUUCAUUGCUUUACAAUGAAAUCCCUGGCCCCCCAUUAAGGUGGACUUAGGUCAGGGGUCAGAUGUGAUGGGUCAUGAUAGUGUGGAAGGGGAGGGGACGGCUUUACAGAACAUGCAUCACUCCAUAUGCCCUCCCUCCCUUCAUCCUCCGUCUGUUGUGGGAGUAAUUUCAGAAUGGUGACUGCACUGACCUUGGAAAGACGCCAAACUGUCACAGUAUCUAAUGCUCAGAAACACACACAUCCUAGUCAGAUCUAGCAGAAACCAGGGACGUAGAAAUGCAUAUCAGUGGGAUGUCUGGUGUUCACUGACCAUAUCUUGAACAUUCACUGCAGCAAUGCCUGAACAACAAACACAGCCAGAAACCAACACUGUAGUGGCCCAGUAGAGUUUAGAGAAUAUUACAAACACUGUCUCCUGUCCUCUCCUCCCCCAACCCCUUGCCCAGGCAGAGACAGAUCCUCUUUACGGUAAUCCUGGCAACAAUCAUCUCUAGUAGACACUUGUACUCCACUCUAAACUCUCAUAUGAACUUAGAAAAUGUCUCCUGAAAAUGUUUCUUUGGCAUUACUCCAUUAAAAACAAUGAAGGACAUCAA